UCUGUAUUUUAGAAAUCUAGUGCUAAUUGUAAAAUAUUUAUUGUGGUGCUGACAAAUACACUAUUUCAUAGGAUAGUAUAGAAAAGGAGCAUUCUUAAAUGUUGAAUUUUCAUUAAGUUAGACAUAAUAUCAUUUAAGAUACCAGAAUUAAUCCUAGUCUAAUAAGCAGAGAACUAGUUAUCCUCCUAAAACUUGGAAUCAGACACGUGAUGAUUGUAUGCAUGUGUUUACCUUGCUAGGUCCUGAACAAUGGGGCAAGCUGUACCCUAUUGCAAACGGAAAUAACCAAUCUCCCAUUGACAUUAAAACCAGUGAAACCAAACGUGACACCUCUCUUAAACCUAUCAGUGUCUCCUACAAUCCAGCCACAGCCAAAGAAAUUAUCAACGUGGGACAUUCUUUCCAUGUAAGCUUUGAGGACAAUGAUAACCGAUCAGUGCUGAGAGGUGGUCCUCUUUCUGAAAGCUAUAGGCUCAGUCAGUUCCAUUUUCACUGGGGCCGCACAAAUGACUAUGGUUCUGAACACACAGUGGAUGGAGUCAAAUAUUCUGGAGAGCUUCACAUAGUUCACUGGAAUUCUGCAAAAUACUCCAGCUUUGCUGAAGCUGCCUCACAGGCUGAUGGUUUGGCAAUUAUUGGUGUUUUGAUGAAGGUUGAUAAGGCCAACCCACGACUGCAGAAAGUACUUGAUGCCCUAAACGCAGUUAAAACCAAGGGCAAACGAGCCCCAUUCACAAAUUUUGACCCCUCUACUCUCCUUCCUUCAUCCCUGGAUUACUGGACCUACUUUGGCUCUCUGACUCAUCCUCCUCUUUAUGAGAGUGUAAUCUGGAUCAUCUGUAAGGAGAGCAUUGGUAUCAGCCCAGAACAGCUGGCACAGUUCCGAAGUCUUCUAUCAAAUGUUGAAGGUGACAAAGCUGUCCCCAUUCAGCACAACAACCGACCACCUCAGCCUCUGAAGGGCAGAAUAGUGAAAGCUUCAUUCUGACGGGAUCAGGAAGGAACUUAUCCUCCUUCCAGAAACACUGCCCUGCUUCUGACACAAACCAGUAAAACAAAUUUUGAAGAAAUAAAAUUAUUUCAAUACUA